CAGAGGGAUUCGAGUAUGGAGAAGUUUCUGGCGGAAAUAUUCUGAGUUUGAAAAACUCGUCCAAAUUCAUAGGGGAGUUAUCAAAACCAACCCCCUGCUCUUUUCACAUAAAUUCGUUCUGCUCUUUCUCUUCGGCAUCGCAAUCGUUGCUUGAUGCUUUUUUGACCCGUGGGGUACUUUUUAACUUUGCAUUGGACUCGUACAUUUUCACACUAGAAAGUGAGGCUCAAUCCUUUCAUUUAUUUGACAGCUACAAUGGCACAGCAAAAGACUUUUACGUUAUGAAAGAGGGGCGUGAAGACUAUUUCGCUGUUAUCAAGGGUGAGAAAUUCAAGAUCCACUCUCCUGCUGAGAUCGAGGGAAAUUUCUUCGCCUCCUCAAACUUGCCAUUUCUAUUUGUUUCAGUUGAAAAGUUUUUCCAUAUCAUUAUUCCAGUACCUCUGUCAAAACCUGAAGAUUCGUACAACUUUACUUUUGUCAAGGCGACGUGUAAAGAUUAUCAUUUCAACAUUGAAGGCCAUCGUCGAGAGGUCGACUUUGCCAUAACCUACUGGCUUGCCUUUUUAAGGUACUAUGACAAGGCUAUGGAAUACGUUUCCUUCUACACGAGCAUUUCGUUCAAACUCACUGAAAUUGAAUUUCUUAUUUUGCGAAAUAUCCUCGAAAUCAAGCACCGUGAUCUCGACUACCUUGUGGUGCAAGCUUGGGCAAACAAUCUCGUUGGAGAAAAUGACAUCUUUUUCAAAAGCUCUUUAAAUGCAGAGGAUAUGGUCGCAAAGAUUACCGACAUUGCGAAUUUGAUUCCCGUUAUUCCAUUUAAGUAUAAAACCCCCCUUUUCUCUUUUCUCCCUAAUCUUACGGAUCACACACAUCUUUGGGCAUAUUCUAACGAUUUAAAGAUUUCCUCUAACAUUGGCAAACCCUCAGCGUUGCAACCAAAUAUCUCCAAACUCAAAGAGGCUAUCAACUGUCCUAAAAAUAUUCUGGAUUCUUAUACAGCUUCAAAAUUAACACUGAACAGCUGGGAUAAAAUCGGAUCUUUUAAAUUUCCUAGCUGUGUCUCUUUUCUAUAUGACCUAGCUGACUCAUCCAAAAAUCUAGCCGAUUUUCGGAAAAAUUUGAAUCAUCGCUAUCUCAAUUUUAUACGAUUUUAUCUUGAAAUGGAAGAGAAUAGCGUCGAAUACAAAUUUGCUUGUCUGUCUCAUGUUCUUUUCAUGGUUUUCAAUACAUUCCACAAUACGGAAAAACUCUCAGCCUUCAUUUCCGACUUGAAAGAUAAAAAGGUUCCCUCAAGAGGUAUCUCUGCAAGGAUCUCAUCUCCGCCUACUGAUUAUGAAAAUCUCCUAAGCAUAACUAUGACAAGGAAAGCUCUUUCAUCUGAUCUUUUCAAGAAAGCGGCGAGCUUUAUAUUAUUUAGUGACUCUUCUUUAUUUGUAGAGAAAUUGAAAUCAAUAGUUUCCACUGAUGAGCUUUUUUCUGGAUUUCUGCUACGAGCUUUAAAAGAUCCGAAGCUUCUUGCGCAAAUAUUGCUCUGCGGGUCCGUUGAGGAACUCAGGAGCUUUUUCACGGUUAGUGAUCAAAACAUCCAAGAGCUACUUGAUCUUUUGUGGUCUCAUUUCAUCACAUCUUUUUAUUGCGAGUCUUCCCUUUUGCAAGAAAAUACUUUUUGCGAGGCUCGGCUCCAGAAAAAGGAAGCUUUUACUCAAAAAGGAAGAUCUUUGGCUAACCAACCAUUAACGGUCACUUUGAAAGAUAAGGUUUUCAUUCUCAUCGAGUUUUUUACGGGAUAUCCCUUGUAUGAAGAGCAGAGAAAAAUUAUCUCCUGCAUUUUAGACAAAAUGAUGUAUGGAAAAUCUUACGUUGUGCAGCAAGGAAUGGCUGGCGGAAAGACCACACGGUUCGGCCCUGCUGCCGCAAUCGUAGCGACGUCGAUUUUAAGAAAACUGCCAAUCUUCAUCUUUCCCAAUUCCAUCCUCAAUCAGAACAUUGCCCAAUUGCAGCAGUGGCUUUUUGACUUUUUCGGGAAAAGCGUUUUUCAAUUCAAAUCAGAAAGAUCGGCUUAUGGAUACAGCGGACCGUAUCUGCGACAUUUUUACUAUCGCCUUACAAUGGCCCACCAUCGCGGAGACGUAUUCGUGUCUUCUAUGAGCAACAUACAAUGCCUGUUGAAUGCUAGGAAGGAACUGCUGUUGCGAAACAGAAAAGAAUCAAACAAGUCUCUUCUUUGGGUUUUGAGGAUCUUGCAUUUCAUUGAACAUUAUUCGAUAUUUGUGCUGGACGAAGCAGAUGAAAUCAUGGAUGCUUCAUUUCUAUACAACUUUGACACAAACGAACCACAUCAAAAGAACUGGGAUCUCAUUAAUGUGCUUAUUGACUGUUUUCUGUUUUUAAGAGACAAAAAGGUAUUCCGAUCGCAAACUGGAGCCCCGAUCACGAUUUUUGAGAUCAAGGAGCCUCUUACGCCGUUUACUGUUGGGCUCUUCAAACAAAAGUUGAACGAGCAGCUCAAGGAUAUUUUGUUAAAAACCAGCGAUGAAACUCGCGUGUUGAUUAUUGAUAGCAUUUUUGUCAAUUGUUGGGAAAAAGUCCUAAAUGUAGGAUAUGGAGUAUCUCUGGUUUCUCCCGUUCCAUAUCCCAUCCCAUAUUCGAUGGCAAAUACACCAAGGGAGGGCAGUAGUUUUGGAAACCAGCUGUUUAUCAUUGCCAUUUCGUUAAAGUUUUACCUUGAAAACGAUAUGAAAGAUCUCAAUGUGCCUCCUUUAUUUUUCACAGAAGAAAAUAUCUACUCCACUCUGGAGCUCUAUUAUGAUUAUGAGAAACUAGAAAAAAUCAAGAGGGAAACCAAGUCAUCUGUUUUUGAGCUCUUCAGGCUUUUGAGGGAAAAAAUAUAUGAAAAUGACGACAAUCU